AUGAAGAUAAAAAUUCUGAAGUGGCAUGCUGUGGCUUCAUGGACCUGGGAUGCUCAGGACGAAACGUGUGGGAUCUGUAGAAUGGCUUUCGAUGGCUGUUGUCCGGACUGCAAAUUUCCUGGUGACGACUGCCCGUUGAUUUGGGGUGCCUGUAACCAUGCUUUCCAUCUUCAUUGCAUACUCAAAUGGGUUAACUCACAGACACCUCAACCACACUGUCCAAUAUGCCGCAGAGAAUGGCAGUUUAAAGCUUAAACUUCUUACAAGUUUGUCAUAAUCUAGAGAGCCUGAAGAACAUUUUGAUGUGUUCUUGAGUUGAAAAGUUCUUGUACCAUACACAAAUGUCCAUUUCUUUUGCCUAGGUCUUGAUCGUAUUCCCAAGGAUGAACCUAAGAAGUGUUGAACACUUUACAGCAUUCUUGGGUACACUAUCUGAACUUCGACCGCAUCACCCAUUGCUUCAUGGUUGAAGAGAGUUGGAGCUUUUGUUGCGGUCAUCUUUGCUUGAGUUGGAACGAUACUUGACGAUCUUUUAGCGACAUUUGUGGAGCCAUAAACUAGCACAGGUUUGGAGGAUGUUGAGAGGAUGACACCAAGUGGGUUUAGAGGAUGUCUCAGAUUAUUCAAGUUACCAUAUCAACUCAAACAUAUUAAUUUUCUGAAUUGUGUUAUUUAUAUUAAUAAUAAAAUUAUACAAGUGAUAUAAUAUUUAUGAUGCUGUUUAGGAAAUAAUUUUAUAUAAUAUAAAAAGAAAUAGGAGAACUGGAAUAUUAUAAAAAUAUAAGAAACUCUAGCACCAAACUGCAAAUUUGCAAGCCAACGAUAUGAAUUGGCCUUCUUCGUUUAUUGGACGCAACUUCGCGAUACACAUAACGCGCGUGGAACCCCAGAAAUUAGGGCCGCACAACUCGGCAUCGCAUUCGCCGUCGGAGAAGAUUGAAGAUGGAUUCUAGCAGGCGUCAAAGUGGAAUUCAACAAUUGUUGGCUGCAGAGCAGGAAGCACAACACAUUGUCAAUGAGGCUAGAAAUGCUAAACUUGCCAGGCUGAAGCAGGCGAAAGAAGAGGCAGAGAAGGAGGUCGCUGCAUACCGUGCACAAAUGGAAGCUGAAUUCCAGAGGAAGCUUGCUCAGAGCAGUGGAGAUUCCGGUGCUAAUGUUAAGCGACUCGAACAAGAAACUGAUGAGAAGAUCCAGCACCUCAACUCACAAGCAGAAAAUAUUUCUCACGAUGUGGCUCAAAUGCUUCUGAAGCACGUCACCACCGUGAAGAACUAGGCAUUGAGAUCGACUGGUUUAAGUAUUUCGAACAGUAAAUCACGGGAUUUAUUGAGACAGGAUGCUUGUUUUUACACCUGAUGUUGUGUUCCUCCUUCCCUUGAAUAAACAAAGAGGUCAUCAAACUUUGCUACAUUGAGCUAUUGGCAAGAUUAUCAUCAUAUAAAUGAAUGCAAAAGUCGUUUGUUA